AUGAGAGAAUGGAUGGAGGACAUAAGGAAAAAAGUAGACAAUUUGGAGAGAAGAGUGGAGGAUAUAGAGAAAGAUGGGGGAAGGGUGGAGAAGGGAGGAAGGGAGAAAAAUAAAAGGGAAGAGAUACAACAGAUACAAAUAAGGGGAAAGGGUGAAAUGAAGGAACAGGAAGAAAGGAUGAGGAGACUAGAAUUAGGAAGGGAGAAGAGGAAGAAGAAUAUAAUUAUAAAGAGGGUAAGAGUAAAGAAGGAAAGAAAAGAGGAAUUACAAAGAGAGACAGAAAAGGUAGUGGAGGCAACGGGGGCAGUAGCAAGAGUGGAAAGGGUGAGGAGGAUAGGGAAUAAUGAUAAGGGGGGAGAGAUCAUUGUAUGGGUGAAAUUCGCGAGUGUAAGGGAGAAAAUUGAUGUGAUAAAGGGAAAGACGAAACUGAGGGAUAGGAAUGAGUGGAUCGUGGAUGACUUGACGGAAAAAGAGAGAAAGGUAGAGUGGUGGAUAAAGAGGGAAGCAGAAAAGAAUAGAAGGAAAGAAAAGAAGUAG